AAAAAGUCGAGAUGGCGGUAGAGAUAUUAUUAUUAUAUUAUGUGGAUUCAGAGGAGUUGUGCAGUGUAAAGCAUAUUUCAAUCAAAAUAUAGAGAGAAAGCAUGUGGAUGAGUUGAGGACUGUUAUGAGAGAUGGUAAUUUUCAUUUUGGAUCUGUAGUUGGUGUUCGCAAAGAGAGAAUAGGUGGGAGUGCGUAUGAGUCGGCAAGUAGGGAAAGAGAAAGAAAAGUAGCGGUGUGUACAUAUAGAGAGUUGGAUAGGGUGGUUUUGGAGAUGGUGACGGAUUUGUUAACCAUAGAAGUAGACGAAUUGCGAGUUUUAUAUAAAUUAAUAUUUAAACCUGAAGUAGCAAAAUUAAGACGUGAUUUUGAGAAAAUCAAAUCAAAGGGAAUAACCACCGAUUCUUCAGAGCAGUUACCAAUUUCCUUGUCAGCAAAGAAUGAGACAAUAAGCAAAAAGGGAACAGAUAAACUCCGGCAAGAAUUGUUCAAUACUUCUUUAGAGCCAAGUUCACAAGAUCACUCUAUAUCAAAAAAUAUUAAACCAGGACAGAUUAUGGAAUAUAUGGGGGUAUCACAAUAUUUAGCUCAGUUGUGUGAUACAGCCAUAGACGCCGAAGAUCGAGCUUCGAAGGCUAAUCAGGAAGAAAUUAUGUGCUGGUCUCUUUAUGGUAGGAAUUUUGAAUUUCAAGUUGAUAAGAUGAGCAGUAAAAAUAAAAUUGGUGAGAAAAAAGCAAGAACCUUAAUUUAUAAUGAAAUUGAAAAUCAACUCUCUAUUCUUC